GUGGCGUUACGAUCGCUUUACGGCAGCUAAAUUGGUACGCCCCCGACGAUCAUAAAUCGAAAAUGAUUAGGAGGGCGUCAACACAAACACCACAGAAAGAAAAUGAAUGUGUUUGAAAAAAAGCAGCAAUCAAAAGUAACAUUAGACGACACUGUGCCAUUAUCUGCUUGUAUAGAAACAGCCCAGAAACAAGAUGAUCAUGUCGAAUACGUGAUUCGUGUUCAACGAGGACCUUUGAAGGAAAAUUCAUGGCAGAUCAUUCGUCGCUAUAGUGAUUUUGUCAACCUUGAUGCACAACUGAAGAUUUCACAAAUUGAGCUGCCGUUGCCACCAAAGAAGGUGUUCGGCAACUUUGACAGAGACUUCAUUGCUGUUAGACAAAAUGGCUUACAGGAGUUUCUGAACGCAGUGAUCAACAACCCCAUUUUGUGUAGCAGUAUACAUUCCAAGCAAUUCUUUGAUCCCAACAAUUACUCUUUUAGUUAUGUGGAGUCGGCACUUCAGCAUGUCUCCAUGAUAUUCCGUUCAGAAAACCAGAGAUGGGAAGUUGUUGAGCCUUUAAGAGAUAUAGGAUGGCGAAUACGAAAACAACAUAUUCAAAUUCAGACCACUGCCAAACCCAAGGUUACUUUGAUGCUUUCAUGGACAGAUUUCGGUCCAGACAAAUUCAUACCAGAGAAAGAAUUGACAGCAUUAAUUAAAGUUCUUCCUAACAUAAGGCAUCCAAACAUCUUCCCUACUGAGUUUGCAACCGUCAAUGAGACAGGAGGUCUUAUGAUACGACCUUUGCAUGAAGCUGGGAGCCUGAGAGACAUGAUUUGUCGGUGCAAAUUUAAGGGACACUACUUGAAAAAGUAUGCUAGGCCCAAGCUUAUGUCUACCCUGAACAUGGAGCAAAUACAAAACUUUGGUCGUCAGAUUCUGGAGACACUCAAAUUUUUGCAUGAGAAAGGAUUUCCCUAUGGUCAUCUUCAUGCGGGCAAUGUUGUGGUGGAUGGAAAAACCUGCUGUUUAUUGGAUAUAGAAAACUGGAUGCUUGGAGUACCAUCUUAUUAUCGACCAUUCUACACACAGUUCCGAAAAAUCCAGACAUUGGAACUAAUUGAUGUGUACUGUUUUGGGCACCUGCUAUAUGAGAUGACCUUUGGCACUCAGUUAAAUGAGCCAACUUGUGAUUCUUUCCCACCAUCUUGUCCAGCACAGAUACGAUCUGUGCUGGAAUCCAUACUGACUACAGAGGCAUGCAAGAAUGGUUUGCCUCAAGUUUCUGACCUACUUCUGCACCCCCUGUUCAGUGGAGUGGUGCUACCAGUAACAGACAAGCCAGUCUUGAAAAUUCCUAGCAAACUAAAGGAGUUCUUACGCUCUGCAAGGGAAGAAGUUGAAAAGAGGCUGCAUGAAGAGCAGAAGAUUAUUCAUCAAGUGCGUCGUGUUUCUAAGGCAAAAGAGUUUCACAUGUCAGAAGAGGAAAAGAAAAAACGCAGAAGAUCAAGAAAGAAAGCAAUGGAAAAUGGAGAUCCUGAGCCCCUUACACCGACAACACCUACAGCACCAAAGACACCAACAUCACCAAGUGUUUCACCACCAUCUGCUGACAUUACACCAGGUGUAGGAGUCCCACCAGCACCACCUCCUCCCCCAAGUGCUCCUCCACCACCGCCACCACCACCACCACCACCAGCAGCAAGCUUUCCACCUGCACCUUCACCUGGAUCUAGCAGCUCAGGCCGUGGUGCUCUUCUAAGCUCUAUCACAGGUUUCUCCAAAAAUAGUCUUAAGAAAUCGUUGACCAAUGACCGCAGUGGACCUAAGUUGUAGCUGCAGUGCAUCUGCACACCACGAACAUCUGUUGUCAUGCGGAUUUAAAAUAAAUACACAUGCUUCAUCAAUCUUGUUUGAGGUAGAUAGACACAAGAAGGUACUUGUGUAUGAAACAAUCUUCAUUGAGUUACAGUUUGUCUUUAAAAUGAUGUUAAAGAUAGCUUUGUUAUUUCAACAGGCAGUAUGUAAAGUGGGCUCAAACUUUUAAUUCUCAUUUUCUUUUAAUUUUGUGUUUAUUGAUAUUUAAUAUUGAUUAUGUCUGUGCUGUACGUUUAUCGUCCAAAUAUGCAUUUUAAAGGCAUGCGAAUGAAUAUUCCAGUAGAUUGUUUUUUUUUUUACAUGUAUGCAGUCUUUUGCCUACAUUAAAUUAUUUUCAUCAUUUGUUAAAAAUGUAUUUUGACCUGGGAAAAUUUUGUUCAAAAGGCACCUGUCUGUUUUUGUUGCUUGUUCAUUAUUUUUUUCCUGAAGUACCACAGUGUUGAGAUGUUAUUUGUGAAUCUGUGGCUCAUAAAUCAUAUGCAAAUACUGCUUCAUUGAUUCAUUGUGUUUUAACCCUUUCUGUAAUUGGUUAAUGCUAAAUGGUUGACAGGUGUUUUUUUUUUUAUAUAACAGCCAUCUGCACCCUUCUUAAAAUUAACUGUGUUGAUGUUAUAAAUCUGACUAAAUCAGUGAGAAUGGUAUUUUUUUGUUGUUUUAUUAUUAGUUCGUAAAAGUAAAUUCCCUUCAUUGAUCAUCUGUAAGCCUGCUUGCUGCUAAAAAAUGUCACUGAACAUAGUUUAAUUUGCAUAAUUUUGCUUUUCUUCUCUCAGAUAUAGUGGAGAAAAGAACAAAAUCGGAACAAAACUGUAUUUAGCAGUUUUGCUUAUUGUUUAUUGUAAUGGUCUAUAAAAUUUUAUUGUUGAGAUUGAUCGUUUUUCCACAGUGAUAUACAAUACUCUGUACUUCAGACUUUGAGCACUAAUACAAAAUAACAUAUCUUUAAUAAAAAGCCAUUUUGUACACCCUGCUUGUGAUUUGUGUCAGACAAUAUUGAAACUCAUUUUCAAUUUUUCUAUAACUCUACCAUAUAAUAUUUUUUCUUUCAGCUUAUUUGAAUACAGACUGGGUGAUAUUUUUACCUCACCUUGAAUGCAAAAAAAAAAAUAAUAAUAAUAAUUAUAGGCAGAAUUAAGCAUGUUGUUUGUUGGUAAUUGAAGGAUCUUUCUCCAAGCAGCAGUAAAAGGUGGUUCAGGCAGCUUUACAGACCAUUGAUAACAGUAGAAGAAAGGUGCUUGGGGCAGCAUUGCGGUCUAGGUGCAGCAGAAUGAUCAUAUAAAUGUGACUGAGGCAGCAUCUGUGUAUCUUCUACUGUAUCUUGGUAACGGCAGGGGGUGAUAUUUUCACACCUAUGCAUCCUGGUGCAGAUGCCAUUCUUCUAAAACUUCUUAGAUUGUGUAGCUUGAAAGCCUGAAAGAUGUACUGCCAAGAAUAAUAAAGGGUUAAUGCAGUUUGGUCACAACAGUGUUCAAGAUUUAUGACACUUCUGACAGCUAGGCUUGUGCUUUGCACUCUGUGUGUGAUGCUCUUCAAAAAUGAUAUUUAACUGAGGACUGUGCAGUAUGCUUGUUAAGUCCUCUUAGGUUUCAGAGCCAAAUGUUAACAGAGAUGUUCACACUUUGCAUCUGCACUGAAAAGCACGAUAAACCCACAAGACUAUCACUAUGUCUUAAAUGUAAGUGGUAUAAUGUAACUAUUAAAGCCAUUUAAGAUUUUUACUUUAAUAGAUUUGAUGAUGGGAAGCAUAUUUUUAAGCUGGUCAAAUGGACUGCUUAAGAACUUAUUGAGUUUUCUCUUUAUGCAACCAGCAAACAGGCUUUGGAUUAAACAUGACAAGCAAGUCUUGGCUUCAACCUUGUGAAUGCACAUCCAGAUGUAUGUAUAGUUCUAAGCAUUUUAUGCUGGGAUAAAUUAGACAGUUUAGCAGACAUAUUAUUCUUUAUGAGUGUGUGUCUCCAAAACCAUUUAACAUAAUAAUAACUGAUCCCUAGAAACGUGACAGAAGAAGACAUGAAUAUAGACUUGAAUGACAGUUUAGCAGGACACAUUCAAAAUAGCGUAACUGAAGAAAUAACCUGCAUUGUCUGCCUGCAUAGCCGGUGAGCAAUCUUCAGCAAUGUGGCCAUUAAAUUUGAGAUGCAACAUGGGGAAAAUAAGCAGGUGAUUGUGAUUAUUUCCAAUGAUUGGAAUGAUAUCUUGUUUUCCCAAAUUUUCUGUGAUACCUUCAUUUUGGGUGAAUCAGAAUUUUUGUCACACCAACAGAUGGGAUUGUCUUGUACAUCACAGCUAAGUACCAGAGCAUAUCAGUGCUGCACAUAUAUUUAAAAAUGUCCAAACAUAUAAUGAAAAUGUCCGGUGAUGUGCAUAUUAGGAAAGAUGUUACAAGAUGAAUUAUCUGUGGCUUGUGUUAAACAUCAUGUUGUAUGUCUUUCAGUGAAACAGGGCAUAUUUGUAAAAGAAAGCUAUGUUUUAUUGUGAUUUUGAUGCCACUAAAUGUGAGUUGUCAUCACCUAAAGUGUUAUGUGCCUUGGGUGAUAGAAAUGUGGGAUCAGCAUAUUGGUCUGUGAUGCUUUGAGUUUUUUUGUUGUAUUCUUUGAGAUUGCUUCAGUUACCUAAUAGGCAUGUUAUUUCCAGUGGACCAUUGAGAUUUUUCUCUUGUUUUAAGCUUUAUUUCAAAGUUAACAAAGAGAAAGUUGAGCUAAAUACUGCCUGAGAUACGGCCUACUCAUUAUAUUUGUACACAUGGUUGCAUUCAGCAAUUUUGCAGAAAUACAGUCCUGUUCAUGCUAAGAGUUAUUAUUCAGUGUAUAUAUUUCCAUACUCAUAUUGUUACAGAACCCUGUUAUUAUAUUUUCAAGCAAGCUAUUCCUGUUCUGACUAUGGCUGAAAUUGUUUUUGUUUUGGUUUAUUUACAUGUACUUUCUUGACUUUGUGUUUGGGAUAUUUUGUGUUGUAUUUUUAUUUUUAUGACAGUCAUGGAGUGAGAUGGAAAGAGCAAGAUAAUUGUUAAUAAGGAAAUUACCAUUUGCAUACAUUAUCAAGUCAUUGAGAUGAAGGGAUUUUGUUAUGGAAUAAAUUAGUGAGCCAACAAAUCACCUUUCAUGUGCAUAAUGUGAAUCAAAAAAUAAUCUGUACAUUCUGGGAUCUGUGUUGAGCAGCAGUCCUGGAAAACGGUGUUCUGGCUUUUUUGAGAGAUGAUAUUCACAGAAAACAACUGCAUGCUUAUUUUCAACCUAAAAUGCAGUUUGUGUAUUAUGCACAUGAAGAAUUAUGUCCCCCAGACAUAAAAGAAUUGGUGGGAAAAGUUUGAUUGAAGGAACAUGUAUUUAACUUAAUAAAAAUAUUUCUGCCAUAUGUGAUCAAGCUUAUUUUUUUAUAUUAAUCAGUACUCAAAAUUCCAGUUUCUGGAUAAAUUUCUAAAAAUGCAACCCUCAUUAUUUGAUAAGAUCAAACUUGUCAGCAUGCAACCUGAUCCACACGGGUAAUAUCAAUAAUAUACUAUCUUAAAGGCCAUACAGCUGUGCUAUGUAUUCCCCAGUACUUAUUUUAAAUUAUAAUUUAAUAUUAGUGAAUAAUGUAUAGUUCUUCAGCUGGAGAAUGUAUGCUGUUUUCUAAUUAGCAGUGGGGUUUACAUCUGAAAGACCUUUUCCAGAAAGAACACGUCUACAGUGUAAUAUAUAUUCUGUAAUUAAAAGAAAAAAAAAAGGCCAGUUGUGACCAGCACUUUGGUUCUUAAGAGGUGCAUAAUGCAUGUGCACAGCUUAUCAGGAAUCUUGCUGAUGACUUGAUCAGACUUGUUUAGUUUAUUUAAAAGAAUUUCUCAGUUUUGCACAUUUGAUACAUCAUUGUCUCAUCACAUUUUCGGAAGAGUCCAAUAGUAUGUUGGACUAGGGAGGUCUUGCGAUGGGAGGUAAUCCAAAUGGUUACCCUGGGCAGUUUUAGACCUUGUGCAAUUAACUCACUAUGUUAAAUAAAUUUCUGUUUAAAAAGUUCA